UAAUAAGUUUAAUGAGUAUGUUGUUUUUGCGCGGUGUAGUGUAACGGCCAUUCACUAGACGGACCUGAACUCGGACGGCAACCGGGACCCGACUGACGACUCAUCCACGUUUGUCAAUACAUUAGACGGAAAUUACACGAACCCUGCAAAAGAGCUCAUUUGUACACUGAAUGUGGCGAACCCAAUAGCAUUAUGUCUCCGAUAUUAUCAAAAAAGGCGAAAGUUGCUUUGGCUGUAGGUACAAUCAUAUUAUUAGAAUCAGAAAAAAAGAAAAAACGUGUUUGGGUGAAAGAAUGGCUGCAAAAGAGAGAACAAUUUACUCAUUUGCGAUUAUUGAAAUGUAUCCAAUCAUGUGAACCACUUGAUGUUAUAAAUUACCUCAGAAUGGACUAUGACGCAUUCCAAGAAUUAUUAAUGCUAGUAAAACCUCUGAUAGAAAAGAAGAACACUUUAUUCAGAGAAGCAGUAAGCGUUGAAGAACGUCUGUUGGCCACCUUGAGGUUUCUGGCAACUGGAAGGAGUUAUGAAGACUUAAAGUUUUCUUGUAUAAUUUCUCCUCAGUUACUUGGAAGAAUAAUUCCAGAAACGUGUCGUGCUAUAUACAACUGCCUCCGGAAGAAAUACUUAUGUAUUCCAUCAAAAGAAGAGGAAUGGCUCAAAGUAGCAGAAGGAUUUAACAAUAUGUGGCAAUUUGAAAAUUGCUUAGGAGCCGUAGACGGCAAACACAUCAAACAGCCCCCAGGAAGUGGUUCAUACUAUUAUAACUAUAAAGGAUUUUUCAGUGUUGUGUUGUUUGCUAUCGAAAAUGCUAAUUAUGAAUUUACUUAUUUAAGUUGUCGAACUAAUGGAAGAAUAUCAGACGGGGGGGUCAUUAAGAAAACAGAUUUUUACAAUUUACUGAUAACAGAUUCUUUAAAAUUACCCCAACCAGUCAAUAUGCGAGGAAUUCAAAAUAAAUUACCCUUUGUGUUUAUUGGGGACGAAGCCUUUAGUCUAAUGACAAAUUUCAUGACGCCAUACAGACAAACCAACAGUAUUGGUUAUGAAGAAAAAUGUUUCAACUAUCGACUUUGCCGUGCCAGGCGCGUAGUAGGAAACGCAUUCGGGAUCAUGGCAAAUAGAUUCAGGAUUUUCCUAACGCCAAUAGCUACUAAAGUGGAUACAGUUGAUGAUAUCGUUAUGGCAUGCUGUGUUUUACACAACUGUUUACGCCGCAAAAGCACUUCUUACAUACAACCUAGUAACAUCGAUACUGAAGACAUUAUCUCAGGGACUGUAUUGAUAGGUGAUAUGCACAUGAAUGGAGAACUAAUAUCAUUAGAUGUGUCCAGGCAAGGAUCUCCGACUAUUGACGCAAAGAUGAUACGAAAUGGAUAUAAAGAAUAUUAUAAUAAUGCAGAUUAUUUGUUAGUUAAAAUAUCUACUUACUGA